CCAGGGUGGCACCCCUACUCUUAUUACCUCGGUUUAACGUCUAAUCGGAAGGACGGGGCUUUCUGACGGUAUAGUGUCCCCGUCACUAUACUGGGGCAUUAGGACCCACACAGAUCACAGGGUGAGCGUCACUAUCACCACUAGACUUAAUACAGUUUUUCUCAAUUGUUUACACACAAAUUCUGGUACUUCAGACACAAUGACCACAACAUGUAACUCAUUCACCAACCCCCUGAACCAAUUCUGCUAAACUACAAGCACAGUUCCUGCUUUACACUCAAAUUGCAGUUCUAUAAAACACUUUUUUCAAAACACUACACACAAUUCUCUGCUUUUGGCACAAUUUUCAUGCAGAAAAUAUCUUGUUUUCACAAGGAACACACUGCCAUUCAAAUAUGCACACUGACUCAUCACAAGGGCAAACACCCGUCACACAGUUUUACAAUUAGCAAUCAGAGCUUUAGCAUAAAAAGGCAACAGGUGAGCUCUUCUGUUUUGGAGCAAUGGAUGCCAACAUUGGAAACAGAGGCAGAGCCAGAGGAGUGAGAGUUAGAGGAGGAGGACGGGGAGGACGAGGACGGGGAGGACGAGGAGGACGAGGAAGGCCAAGGACUGUAAUCUCUGAUGAGAUCCGAGCCACUUUGGUUGAUCAUGUGGUCAACCAUGGUCUAACAAUGAGGGAGGCUGGGCAAAGAGUACAGCCACAUUUGAGCAGGUUCACUGUAGCAUCCAUCAUCCGGACUUUCCGAAAUGAGAAUAGGUAAGAAAUCUACUCUCACUAGAAAAUUGCAGUACUGCAAAUCAAUACAGUACUCAAUGAGUACUGUUCUGUAGGACUGUAAAAAUUCUGCAAAUUAUGUUUUAAGUAUUUAGGAAAUGUAUACCUACAUUGUAUUUACAGUAUUUUACUAUUUGUUUGGCAGAACUGAAAGAUUACCAACACAAGGUGGUCGGGAACGUGUUCUGUCUCCUGAACAGGAAACUGAAAUCAUAAACAUGGUCCUAGAAAACAACGCCAUAACAUUACGGCAAAUACAAAGAAAAAUAAUAGAAAACAAUGACAUGUUUCAAAAUAUUGAUAGGGUAAGCUUAUCAACACUUGACCGUGCCUUGCGCAGAAAUCAUCUCAGGAUGAAGCAGGUCUACAGAGUGCCAUUUGAACGCAAUUCAGAGAGAGUCAAAGAAUUGCGAUAUAACUAUGUGCAAAGAGUCCUUGAGCUAGAGGUGGCUGCAGUGGAGCACCAGUUCAUCUUCAUUGAUGAGGUUGGGUUCAACCUCACAAAAAGACGAAAGAGGGGAAGGAAUAUCAUCGGCCAGCGUGCCAUUGUUGAAGUCCCUGGCCAGCGCGGAGGGAACAUCACAAUGUGUGCAGCGAUUACCCACCACGGCGUCAUCCAUCACCAUGCUACCCUUGGCCCCUACAACACCGCCCAUCUGAUCACAUUCCUUGACACCCUACACAACACACUCAUUCCACCAGAUCAGGUAGAUGGCCCAGAGCAGCUCAGGUACGUUGUUAUUUGGGACAACGUAAGUUUCCACAGGGCUGCUCUGGUUCGUAACUGGUUCACUGCCCACCCACGCUUUUUAGUUGCUUAUCUCCCUCCAUAUUCUCCAUUCCUCAAUCCUAUUGAGGAAUUUUUUUCUGCCUGGAGAUGGAAAGUGUAUGACCGAAAUCCACAAACGCGUAUACCUCUUCUCCAAGCAAUGGAGGACGCAUGUGGAGAUAUAGCAGCUGAUGCUUUCCAUGGCUGGAAUCGCCAUGCUAGGCGAUAUUUCCCCCGCUGCUUGGCCAGGGAAAACAUUGCUUGUGAUGUGGAUGAGGUGCUGUGGCCAGACCGCAACAGAAGAGAGGAUGCAGCAUAGUUUUUUUUGUUUGUUUUUUACUGUAACUGUAUACAGUAAAUUCUUCUGUUGUUUUGUAUGUAGUGUAUGUGCAACUUUGUGUUGGUUGGGAAUGGGAUGUACACUGUGUACAUUGUUUUUGCGAGAAAAAUAAAAUAAAAUUUACAGUAAAAAACAAUAUUCUCAAAUAUUUUACAACACACUCAUGUUUGUACUCUGUGUAGUAAGUGUAACACUGAACCAAAAAAGGCCUAAUUCAAUUAAGUAUUUUACAUUCAUCAUAGUGUUUUACAUUGAGCACAUCAGUGUUCAGCUGGUUCUUAUUAAUGUCUAUACAAAUGAUGGUUUGUGUGUGUCAUUUGAAAACAAAAUCCCAUUUUGAGAAGAAAUAAGAUUGUUUUGAAUGUAAAGUUUCAUUUUGCUGGAGAACUGAGGGGUUUUGCCCAUUGUGUGUGUUUUUUUGGAUUUGUGUGUAGAGUUCUGAGAAUAUGAGGCAUGCUUUCAGAAAAUGUGUGUAAACAAUUGAGAAAAACUGUAAUUAGUGACACCCAACACUGUGGAGAACAACAUCUCAACAAGCCUCCAUGUGUACA